AUGGAGAACUUGCAACUAAGCGCUGCUUCACUGCUCGCUGUGGUAGCGUCUCUCAUUGCACUGCGCAUCACCUACACCAUUAUCUACCGCCUCUAUCUAUCACCUCUAGCAAAGAUACCAGGGCCCAAAUUGGCAGCUCUCACUUUCUUCUACGAGUUCUACUACGAUGUCAUCAAACGAGGCAAGUUUCUCUGGAAGAUCCAAGACCUUCAUCGUGAGUAUGGUCCAAUCGUGAGAAUAAACCCUUACGAGGUUCAUAUCAACGAUGAUAGCUUCUAUGAUGAUAUCUACGCCAGCGGCCCUCAUCACCCCCGCAACAAAGUUCGCUUCAUGUCUACGCAUGAUGAAAGCAUGUUUGACAGCUACGCUGCCGAAACUCAUAGAGUUCGGCGAGCAGCUUUGUCAGGGUCCUUCUCAAAGCAGUCUAUUCGUGCUCUUGAGCCACAGAUCCUACAGACGAUUCACCAACUCGCUGGCAGGAUGAGCUCACUCAGAGACAGUGAAGAGGCUGUCAACCUCAAAGCUCUCUACAGUGGUCUUACCAUGGAUGUCAUCGCUCAAUACUGCUUUGGCGAGAGCAUGGAUAACAUGAAACAAGACCAGUUCGGAAAAGAGCUACUGGACUUCUUCCAUGAGAUGCCUCAAGCUCAUCCCAUUGGACGAAUGUUUCCAUGGCUGUUUGACAUCAUACAGAAAAUUCCCAUUAGCUACCUUGCCAAGCUUGACCCAAAGCUACAGCCAUUAGCUGACUAUGACAAGAAAAUCUCGGGACAGAUCUCAGAUGUCCUAGCAAAGGAGAAGAAGGAUGGAAUUAGAACUGUCUUUCAUGAGAUGAGAGAUAGCAAGCAACUUCCUGAAGCUGACAAGACUCUUGAGAGGUUCAAGUCUGAGGCAGCUAUCUUCCUUGGAGCUGGUACGGAAACAACGGCAGCGGCACUGACGACGUUGAGCUUUCACCUUACUGAGAAUCCGAACAUGCUAGCUACACUAAGGAAGGAACUUCAAACAGUUAUUGCAGAUGCUCAUGCACCCAUCACUGUUGCGAAACUUGAGCCUCUUCCAUAUCUGACGGGAGUGAUUCAAGAGGGUAUCAGGCUCUCAUUCGGUGUUCCUGGACGCUUACCUCGUUAUGCACCAACGGAAGAUCUUGUUUAUGCUGGAUACAAGCUGCCUCGAGGUACUCGCAUGAGUUCAUCCUCAUAUCUCGUGGACACAAAUGAGGAACACUAUCCAGACCCCUUCAAAUUUGACCCGGAGCGCUGGAUGCAUGGUAAGGCCAGUUUAAGCCGCCAUUUCGUGCCUUUCUGUAGAGGAAGUCGUCAGUGUAUUGGUAUGAAUCUUGCAUAUGCUGAGCUGUAUCUCACUGUUGCGACGAUCUUCUCGAGGUUUGAUCUCGAGCUGGUUGGCACGACAAAGAGGGAUGUGGAGAUUGCUCACGAUUUCUUUGUGGGGAUGCCGCCUCUGGAUUCGAAGGGUGUUAUGGUCAGGGUUGUGAAAGAUAGCAGUGAGUAG